CGGCGCACGCGUACUGCGGGCGGGCAAGAUGGAGGCGCCGGUUGCCGGUUGCCGAUGGAGGCGCCGGCAAACUCAUCUACACCCCGGGAAGGUUUCCUGCCCCACAGUGAAGUCUGCUGCCCCAUGGAGGACCCUGUGAUCUGCAUACCCCCCUACCACUAUGUCCAUGUGCUGGACCUCAACAGCAAUGUCACCCGUGUGGAGGUUGGGCCCCACACCUACAUCAGGCAGGAUCACGAGAGGGUGGUGUUCGUGCCCAGGCGCAUGGUGAUGGUGCUCCGCUGGCACUACUGCGUGGUGCUCAAUCCCAUGGCGCGGGGCCCCACUGGGGCCGUGGUGAUCAAUGGAGCGGGACAGGCCUGUCUGUGGCACGCUGACCUCGAUAUCCACCUGGCCCAGGAGCCCUUCCCCCUAUACCCUGGCGAGGAGAUCAAACAGGACAUCACCCCACUGCAGAUGGUGCUGGCUGACACUGCCCUGCGCCUGCGGGCCCUGCUUGACUUCACGGACGAGGACGGGAAGAAGUUCUUGGCAGGAGACGAGUGGCUCUUCGAGGGUCCCAACACCUACAUCCCCCGUAAGGAGGUAGAGGUGGCCGAGACUCUGCAGGCCACUGUCAUUGGGCACAACCAGGCCAUCCACCUGCGAGCACGCAAGGAGUGCCUCGACCGCAACGGCACCCGCCACAUCACAGGUGAGGAGUGGCUGGUGAAGCAGGUGGGUGCCUACCUGCCCGGUGUCUAUGAGGAGGUAGUGGAUGUUGUGGACGCCUACAUCCUCACCCGACAAGCCCUGCACCUGCGGGCAACGUGGACCUUUGAGGAUGAAGAAGGUCGGGUGCGGCGCACGGGGGAGGAGUGGCUGGUGACCCAGGCGGAGAGCAAGGCCUACAUCCCAGAGGUGUUUGAGGAGGUGGUGGCGGAGGUGGCGGUGACAACGCUGGGCCCCCGGCAGUACUGCAUGGUGCUCGACCCCAUGGGGCCCAAUGGGCAGCCCCAGCUGGGCCAGCAGCUUGUUGUCAAGGGGGAGAAGUCCUUCUUUCUGCAGCCGGGCGAAUGGCUCCAGGCUGGCAUCCAGGAUGUCUACGUGCUCUCUGAGGAUGAGGGGCUGCUGCUCCAAGCGCUGCAGACCAUCAAGGACACCAAUGAGGAGGGGAAGGAGGUGACACAGCAGGCAGGUGACCGCUGGCUGGCCUGGGGGCCCCUCGAGUACGUGCCACCGGCUGAGGUGACCGUGCUGGAGCGCCGCUGGGCUGUGGCCCUUGCUGACAACGAGGGCAUCUACGUGCGUGACAUCCGCACUGGCAAGGUGCCCGCUCUGGCUCCUUGUACGUCCCCUGCAGCUCCUUGUAGCCCCCGAUAGCGCCCCCCUGGCCUUUGUGGCUUCCUGUAGCUCCUUUACAGCCACCUCGGUGGCUCCCCGUAGCCCUGUUCCUGCUCCCUGCAGCUCCCCUGCGGUUCCCUAGAGCUCCCCAGAGACUCGUGGAGCUCCCCAUGGUCCUCUGCAGCUCUCUAUAGACCCCCUAUAGCACCUCGUAGACCCCCAUCAUCCUCCAUAGCCCCCCUACAGCUCCUCCACAGCCCCCCAUAGACCCCGGGAGCUCCCCCCUAACCCCUAGAGCUGCCGAAUCCCACUGUAGCCCCUUGUAGCUUCCCGUAAGCCACAUAGCUCCCCAUGGUCCCCCAUAAGUCCCCAUUAACACCUACAGCCCACCAUAACCAUGCAACCCCCCCCUUAGCCCCCCAUACCCUUCCCCAUGCCCCCAGUUCCCAUACCAGUAUUCCACAUCCCUGCCAGUGCUCCCCAUACCCCGUCCCAGUGCUCCCAGACCGCUCCCGGUGCUCUCAGUAACUGUAUACCCCAUCCCGGUAUCCACUCGCUGCCUCCCACCACUCCCAGUAUUCCAUGUAUGCCAUCCCAGUGCCCCCAAACACAGUCCCAGUCUCCCAGCCUCCUUCUCAGUGCCCCCAGAUGCACCCCCCCACUUCAUCCCAGUCUUCCCAGUACCCCAUAUACCUGCUCCCAGUGCCUCCAAACCCCAUCCCAAUGUGCCCCCAGUACCCCACCACCACAUCCCAGUGCUCCUGGUAUCCCUUACACCCUCUCCCAGUGCCUCCGCACACCCUCCAUAACCCCUCCCAGUAUCCCCCACACCCCUUCCCAGUACUCCUGAACCCCAUCCAAGUGCUCCUGUUGCCCCCCAAGCCACCCAGACACCCCCUUCCAGUGCCCCCAAGCCCUCCAGCGGCUGUCAGAGCCUGGCAGCACCCUGAGGUGGCUCUGGCUGCGGGUGCGGGUGGUGAUGGGCCAGACCUACAUGCUGACGGAGUCCGAGGAGCUGUGGGAGAAGGAGCUGCCCUCUGGGGUGGAGGCGCUGCUGGCCGCAGCCCAUGGAGACAUCCGCGGCACGGACAUUGGGGUCCAGUCUUCCUCCAGCCCGGAUGCUGGGGUCCCCCAACGUGACUGCACCCGCGCCAUCACCUACCAGGUGCCCCACAAUGCUGCCAUGCAGGUCUACGACUACCGGGAGCGGCGGGCACAGUACACCUCCCACCAGACCAGGCUGCUCCAAGCCCCGUCCAACCUGGCCUUGAACCCCUCCAGGGAUGGGGUGGCCACAGCUUCUCUGGGCAACCUGGGCCAGGGGCUCACCGCCCUCACAGCAAAGAAUUUCUGCCUCAGAUCUCAUCUAAAUCUCCCCUCUUUCAGUUUAAAACCCUUCCCCCUCGUCCCAUGGCUCCCCUCUCUGAUCCAGAGUCCCUCCCCAGCUUUCCUGGAGCCCCUUUAGGGACAGGAAGAGGCUGGAAGGUCUCCCCGGAGCCUUCUCUUCACCAGACUGAACCCCCCCAGCUCUCUCAGCCUGUCCUCGCAGCAGAGGGGCUCCAGCCCUCCCAGCAUCUCCGGGGCCUCAUCUGGCCCCGCUCCAACAGCUCCAUGUCCUUCUGAUGCUGGUGUCCUGCAGUGGGGUCUCCCCCGAGCGGAGCAGAGGGGCAGAAUCCCCCCCCUCGCCCUGCUGCCCACGCUGCUCUGGAUGCAGCCCAGGAUGCGGGGGGCUUUCCAGGAUACCAGCGCACGGUGCCAGCACAUGGCCAGCUUUUCACCCCCCAGCACCCCCAAGCCCUUCUCCUCAGGGCUGCUCUCCAUCUCUCCCUCCCCAGCCUGUGCUGAGACUGCAGCUUGCCCUGACCCGGGUGCAGGACAGGACCCUCCACUUGGCCUGGUUGAGCCUCAUGAGGUUCACACUGACUUCUUGAGUGUGUCCAGGUCCCUCUGAACGGCAUCCCGCCCCUCUGGCAAAUCACCUGUGCCAUUCAGCCUGGUAUCACCUGCCACAAGACGACGUGUGGCGUCCUCCAGGCAGCCAGCCCUGACCUGCAAGAGAUGCAGGUGGGCAUGGCUGCAUCGCGCUUGGGGUCGGCAUGUGCGUCACCAGGGUUGUCUACAGCACCUAGGUGUAAGCUGGACUAUCGGUCAGUCUCCUCAGUGCCCAUGAUUGCAUAUGCCCGUCUAUCUAAAUAGAUGCAAUAACUAUUCAAAUAGGUAAAGAAUCAGCAGACCAUAAAGGGCACUCUUUGAGGCAGAGCUCUGAAGAGACAUUGUGAGUCCUUCAAGAGGCCAGGACAAUACGAAUAUGGCAGCCUGGGACAGGCAAGGCUGCCACAGCUUCACAGCCUCAAUGUCCAUCCAGCAGUGAGGCUUAGACGUGUUGUAUGGGGUUCACCUGGGGAGGUCUGGAUGGGGGGCGCUGCAGGGGUGGCCCCGGACAGAAGAGACCAGGGGCUGCCCACACAUCAGGUGGAGCCGGUUCCAGAUGGCUCCAAAACAAACCCCCCACCAGGACACACAGCCAGGCACAGAGCCAGGAGACCCAGGAAUCCCGGCUACCCCAUUGCCCCCGAGCCACAUGGGAUCCCCGCCCCCAUGCAGGCUCUUGCUGCAGCCACCAGCCCCGCCCAGCCAUCUCCCAAGAGGUUUCAGAGCUCCUGGGGCUUGGCUCAGGGCUAACGAGCCCUAUGCCAACAGCCAUGAAAUAGCUCCUGAAGACCUUCACAGUGAAGACGCUCCCAUCAAGAGCAAGAACACACUCCUGCAAGCACAAGAAUGUCCCCUUUAAAGGUAAGGGAAGUAGGAGGAGCAAGACACCCCCUUGGCUUAACUGUGAGCUUCUGAGUCUGCUCAAAACCAAAAGAGAAGCGUUCCAGAGAUGGAAAAGUGGACAAAUGCCCAUUGAGAACUACAAGGGUGUUGCCAGGGCGUGCAGAGAUGCAGUUAGAAAAGCAAAAAGCUCAGCUCAAAUUGAAAGUGGCCAGAGAUGUCAAAAACUACAAGAAAGGGUUCUUCGGGUACACGAACAACAAGCUGAAAUGGAAGGAAAAUAUUGUCCCGCUGUUAAACAGCAGAGGUGAAUUAGUCACCAACACUGGAAAGGCAGAGGUUCUCAGCACUUUCACCUUGGUGUGAACUUGGGCCUUGGGAACAACAAUUCGGGUUGAUGCAAACCCAAACCCACCGCCAGUGAAGGAAGAGUUGGUGGGUGAACUGUUACAGGAGCUUGACCCCUGCCAAUGGAUGGGCCCUGACAACAUCCAUCCAAGGGUGUGAAGAGAGCUGGCUGAUGUCGCUGUGAGGUCGCUCUCCAUAAUCCUUGAGAAGUUGUGGAGACUGGGGGACAUCCCAGAAGACUGGAUGAAGGCUAAUGUCUUCUACAGGAAGGGCUUAAAGGAGGAUCCAGGAAGUUAUAGACCAUCAGUCUUACUUCAGUCCCUCAGAAAGUUAUGGAAUGAAUGCUCCUGGGGGUGACCACAAGUCAAAUGAAGCACGUGAUUGGGAAAAGCCACCACAGAUUCACCAAGGGCAAAUCGUGCUUGACAAACCCGAUCACCUUCCACAACAAAGUGACCUGCUCGGUUGAUGUGGCGUGAGCGGUGGACAUUGUCUGCCUGGAUUUCUCCAAGGCUUUCAACACGGUUCCCUGCAGCCUCCUCCCAGAGAAACUGAUGCGUUACGGUGGUGGUCAAUAGUUCCUUCUCGAACUGGCAAUCUGUCACAAGUGAGGUCCCCCAGGGAUCGAUACUGGGGCCAACGCUGUUUAAUAUCUUCAUAAGUGAGCUGGAAGAUGGGAUCAGGUGUACCCUGAUGAAGUUUGCUGAUGAUACCAGAGUGGGGAAGUGGCCACUUGGGAAGGGAGAGCCACCCAGCAGGAAGCCCUGGAUUGGCCGAGAAGAGUGGGUUAGCAAGAACCUUAUGAAGUUCAACACGGACAAGUGUAAGGUCUUGCACCAGGGAAAACAUAAUCCAGGAGUGCAGCACAGGCUGGGAUCUACCUGGCUGGCGAGAAGCUCUGUGGACAGGGACUUGGGGGUCCUGGUCCCACUCUAUUCAUCACUUGUCAGACGUCACCUGGAACACUGUGUUCAGUUUUGGUCCCCGCUAUACAAAACGGAUGUGGACAGGCUGGAGAGGGUCCAGAGAAGGGCCACCAAGAUAAUCCAAGGACUAGGAAGCCUGGCAUGUGAAGAAAGGCUGAGAGAACCGGGUUUGUUCAGCUUUGAGAAAAGGAGGCUCAGGGGAGACCUUACCACCAUGUUCCAGUAUUUAAAGGGUCGCCACAGAGAAGACGGAGGCUCCCUUUUUACAAGGAGUCACGUGGAAAAGACAAGGGGUAACGGGUACAAGUUACUCCUGGGGAGAUUCCAACUGGACGCAAGAGGAAAAUUUUUCACUGUGAGAACAAUCAUUCACUGGAAUAAUCUCCCCAGGGAAGCGGGGGAUUCCCCAUCAUUGGAUGCCUCUAAGAUUCAGAUGGACCAUCUUGUCUAGACCGUGCUUUUGCCAAGAAAGGUUGGACCAGAUGAUCCUUGAAGUGCCUUCCAACCUGGGAUUGUAUGACUCUGCGAUAAUUCUGUGAUUCUGUGAAGACACGGGUUCAGUGGGACCCUUCCCAGCAAGGCCAGCAGCAACUGGGGGCACUUCUGGAGAGGUGAAACCACCAUCUAGGAGGAAUGGCGAUGAGCAAAGUCCCACAAGGCUUGGUGCCGCCAUGUGCCCUCGAGUCCUCCUUCACACAACCCUGCUGCUCCUCUGAGUGUUGGGCGGUGGUCAGUGUGCGAAUGGGAUCAAGGAGGGUAAACCAAACUGGCAUCCAAGAGGUUCACCGGCCCCUCAGCACCAUGACACACACCCGCCUUCAGGCCACAAGCCCCAAAACCUCCAGCUGCUGGAGGCAGGGAGAGGCCAGCAGAAGGAAGAACAGUCCUUCUGUGCUUUCCUUGAAGUAUUUUAAAUUCGGUACGGUAAUUUUAUCCUGAAGACGGUUUUUCCGUUCGUGCCACACAGGAAAAAAAAAAUGCCGUGACCAAGCACCGUUCUUCCAAAUGCGAUGAUCUGGAUGUGCCGUCUCCAACACAGAUCCAUGGAAGGGUGACCCAAGGAUGUCCCACGCGAUGCAGCAGGUGUGAACGAGCACACAGACGCACACACAUGAGCGUACAUACACACGCACACACUAAUGAAAUCGAAGGAGACAGCUGCUGUGGUUUUGUUUCGUUGUUGAGCUGUGUAAAGGCUUGAGAAGCCGGCCCUGCGGCUCUCAGUGUCGCAGCCGCUCCGAUCUCCAGUUCUGGAGCAGUCGCAAAGAAAACAGGAUCACAAAUGGCUGUAGGAAAUGAGAAGCUUCAUGCUACAUAAAUUUUGCAACAAAUUCAUUCAGUUCAGUAGCAAGUGGAGAGACAAUUUGUAGUCUUAUCGGGAAUAAAUGUUUUUUAAAGUUUAAUUGGUUAGAGAACUAACGAUAAGUACCUUAAAGAUCACAAAAGACUGAACUGAAAAUGCCAAGUCAGACCAUGAAAAGACCAACUUUGAAUCCUGUCCAAUUGUGUCUGAUAGAGUGCUCCUCUACAGACCCCCGUGCUCGGCACCUCUGAAGAUGCCAACACAAAAACGCACAGAACUUGGGUCAAAAAACCCGUGAGUGUUACAUCAUGAUACGUGUGGUAUGAUGCGUCACGGGCAUCAAAAGAGACCCUGACGAGAAAAGUUGUGCAUGCAUAUGACUUGGGCUCUUCAGUCACCGCAGAAACCAAGACAUUCACAAAUCUGAUACAGUGUUGGACAAUUUGGGAAAAAAAAAAAGAAAAAAAAAUCUGAAUUCUAGCUGUAUGAAUAUUUUAUGAAUACAAAAUACGUAACAGGAGAUUGCAACGCCAAAACAUCUACGCGUAAAACAGCAUCUUCCCUUACAGAUGCAUCUUUGGUUGGCAGGCAUCCUCAGUGGUACGUGCGUUUUGAUUAUAUUUCAGUAUCUCACUGCAUCAUGGUAAAAAAUAAGAUGCUUAGUAAAUUAAUGGAUGCUAAGCUGGACUAUUUACUGCAAGAACUGCCAGUUUUACCCAAAUAAGAGGGGUAUGGCUCCUGCAAUCGGAUCCCCUGGGGGAGAGCGGCAUUUUCCCUGUACUCCUGCUCUCCUGGACACGGGCAGCAGAACGUGGGGAGUUCCACGUGCGGUGCCAGCAUUGCCUACACAACAACGCCUGUCCCCAAAAUACGGUUCUGAGGGGCUGGGGGAAUCAAUCUUUCAGAAGAGACGCAUUAAAUUGUAGAUCACUAACUGGGGGGGGAAAAAUAAGUGCUUUUUUAUUCAGAAAGCAAUACCUAAAAAUACGCCUCAGAAAAGUUCAUUUUUCGUACUAGGAGUAGAGAUAACCAAGCAAUAAACUUCACCACCAUUCUGUAAAAGCUCCCUGAAGUAGCCCAAGUACGAAAUUAAAUAGAAAAUAAGUCUGCUUUGAAAACCAGCUUGUAUCCAGGCGGUUAAUGCAAACAUCGUGUUGCAAAUCAAACCAGUUUAUUGACCCCAGCAGGGAACUGAGGUAGUGCAAUCAAAAAGGUUUAGGCAAAGAAAAUAAUAAGGUUUUAUUUAAAGACAAGUGAAGGACGCCUCCAUUCUUUUUGAGGGGGUGGAAGGAAAAAAGAGAUGUAGAGAUGCCGCUGCUCAGCCCAAGCACCGCUUACAGCAGGACUCUCGAAGCCCGGCCCCAGCGGAGAGGGCAGGAGGAUGAAAAAAGAGGGGAAAAAAGACCCAGAAAGAGAAGGCAACGCUGCUGCUCUUCAGAACACCAGUGGAGCAUUUACACGUGGCUUGUGCCACAUUUUUUUCUUCACCUGACACGGCAGGCAGGGACUAUUUUAGCCAGGACGUCACACACUGUCUCCCUCUUCCUCCUUGUGAGUGUAGAUACCAGAAGCUCCCAGUAAAACCCACGGUGCUUGUUAAGAUCUAGACGUUGUCUGAAAUAAAUGUGUGCAUUUGGUUUACAUGGCAAGGUUUUGGUGGCAGGUAGGGGGUGGGGGGCGCAGGGGUGGCUUCUGUGAGAAGACACCAGAAGCCUCUCCCGUGUCCUACAGAGACAGUUCCAGCCAGCUCCAAGGGGGACCCGCUGCUGGCCAAGGCUGAGCCCAUCAGCGAGCUGGUGGCACCUCCAUGGUAAUGUAUUUAAGAAGGGGUAAAAACUGCUGCCCAGGAGCUGGGAGGAGUGACAAUGUGUGAGAGAAACAACUAAAAAGGCACCAAGGUCCGUGAAGAAUGAGGAGGAGGAGGAGGUCACAGAGCAGAGGUUCCCCUGCAGCCCAUGGUGAAGACCAUGGAGAGGCAGGUUGUCACCCUGCAGCCCAUGGAGGUCCGUGGUAGAGCAGAAAUCCACCUGCAGGCCAUGGAGGUCCGUGGUGGAGCAGAUAUCCACCUGCAGCCCAUGGAGGAUCCCACGCCAGAGCAGGUAGAUGUGCUCCAAGAGGGCUGUGACCCCAUGGGAAGCCCACGCCGGAGCAGGCUCCUGGCAGGACUGGUGGACCCAUGGAGAGGGAGGAGUCCACCAUGGAGCAGGUUUGAUGGCAGGACUUGUGACCCCAUGGGGGGAGUCACGCUGGAGCAGUCUGUUCCUGAAGGACUGCACCCCAUGGAAAAGACCCACGCUGGAGCAGGUCAUGAAGACCUGCACCCCAUGGGAAGGUCUCACACUGGAGAAGGUCAUGGAGGACGGUCUCCCAUGGGAGGGACCCCUCGCUGGAGCAGGGAAAGAGCGUGAGGAGGAAGGAGCAGCAGAAAGAACGUGUGACGCACUGACCGCAACCCCCAUUCCCCAUUGAGGAGGAGGUGGAGAAAUGGGGAGUGAAGUUGAGCCUGGGAAGAAGGGAAGGGGAAGAAGAGGGGAAGGUGUUUUAAGACUUGCUCUUAUUUCUCACUAUCCUACUGCUACAAUUAAUUAGCAAUAAAUUAAAUUAGUUCCCCCUGCCUUCCCCACCCAUGGAGUCUGUUUUGCCCACGUCGGUAACUGCCAGUGCUCUGUCUGACCUCUCGAUGUUGAGGGCAGCUGGCAGCCAGCAAAGGUCAGCCCACCACAAUGUGCUUCUACCCACGCUUUAGAGUGCGCUGCUCCGUGUAUUAGCACAUAUUACCACCACUAAAACUCUUUCAAUUAAGAAACAAAACAUUUCAACCAGACGUUUUGCCUCUUGAACUUAGCAGCCCUGCAUUAAAAGCCACCCCAAGCUGCCGCCAGCCUUUACCAGGACACAGCACCUUGUGGGCAGUGGUGGGUUGACACCUCCUUGGCUUCGCCACACAAGCCCUACAGAGAUGACAACGGGUGGCAGCUCCUCAGCAGAGCCCUGAGCAGUGCUGCUCCCUCCCAGCCCCCACGGAGGAACCGACUCUCGGGUCAGACAGACCCGGCUUUAAAAAUUCCAGCAUCGGGAACUUCAGUGUCACCGCGGAGCACGGGAUGGGAGACAGCAGUGCUGGUCCCCUGCCGAGUCCCACACCGACACUCCCAGCUGCAGUCAGGCUCCUGAAGCUGGCAGUAGACCUUCUCCGCUUCUCAAACACAACCGAAGACUGAGAACAGCAGAUUAAUUACUGCAAGGUUUCUACAUAUGAAAGCUCAGAAAUAUCAAGAAAUACAUUUAACAAAAUAGUAGAGGCAGGCAAUAGCAAUGUGUUCUGCACCACAAUGACACAAGUGUUUUAACACGCGGUGGGAAAACAGCGGGAGAUCGGCGCGGAGGAGUGUUAACAUGCUCGAGUGACUUGCAGCUGAGGUGUCGAAAAACCCCAUACCUCACACUAAUGAUCAUUUAGCCUUGUGCGCUCGCCAAGUAGAACAUCUGUGCUUGGGUACCAUCGGCCUGCGAAGGACUCUGAGGCACCUCAUCGAACCUGCCUGAGGUUCCUGCCCUGCUGCGGGAAAGAUCAAAGCACAGUGGAAAACUCGGCCUGCUUCUGUCCCUGAAAUACAGGGGAGAACAGCAGAUUCCAUCACUCUCUAACAAGGACCGAGCACCACAGUGCCUGUGUUCCCGCUCGCGUGCCUCCGCCUGGGGGCUGCUUCCAAGAUCCCCCAGUUUGC